CUUGCCCUGGGGGUCAUGAUAUGACAUGUGGUUGGUCAGGAUGGAUCAAUCUGGGAAAGCCCACACCAGGACCUGAUGGUGGAGAAGAUGAAUCCAUCCAGAAGAUAAUCUCUGCUGGUCAUCUUGUUUGCCCAGCCCCAGUAGAAGUCCGUUGCAGAGCUGUUCUUUACCCAGGUCUUUCCUUGUCACAGCUAGGACAAGAUGUGACUUGUAAUACAGAUGCGGGUCUCAUAUGUAUCAACAAACAACAAGGGCUUGAGCAAGAGUGUUUUGAUUAUGAGAUUCAAUUGAAAUGCUGUGGGUGUCCAACAUCUCCUCCUCAUUCUACUACAGUUCCCGCUACAACGUCUUCUACUAGCAAGACACCUACACCUUCUACCACAACUGAAACAACUACAACUCACCCACCUACACCUACAACUACACCUUCUACCACAACUGAAGCAACUACAACUCAUCCACCUACAACUACAGCUUGCCCUGGGGGUCAUGAUAUGACAUGUGGUUGGUCAGGAUGGAUCAAUCUGGGAAAGCCCACACCAGGACCUGAUGGUGGAGAAGAUGAAUCCAUCCAGAAGAUAAUCUCUGCUGGUCAUCUUGUUUGCCCAGCCCCAGUAGAAGUCCGUUGCAGAGCUGUUCUUUACCCAGGUCUUUCCUUGUCACAGCUAGGACAAGAUGUGACUUGUAAUACAGAUGCGGGUCUCAUAUGUAUCAACAAACAACAAGGGCUUGAGCAAGAGUGUUUUGAUUAUGAGAUUCAAUUGAAAUGCUGUGGGUGUCCAACAUCUCCUCCUCAUUCUACUACAGUUCCCGCUACAACGUCUUCUACUAGCAAGACACCUACACCUUCUACCACAACUGAAACAACUACAACUCACCCACCUACACCUACAAUCACACCUUCUACCACAACUGAAGCAACUACAACUCACCUACCUACAACUACAGCUUGCCCUGGGGGUCAUGAUAUGACAUGUGGUUGGUCAGGAUGGAUCAAUCUGGGAAAGCCCACACCAGGACCUGAUGGUGGAGAAGAUGAAUCCAUCCAGAAGAUAAUCUCUGCUGGUCAUCUUUUUUGCCCAGCCCCAGUAGAAGUCCGUUGUAGAGCUGUUCUUUACCCAGGUCUUUCCUUGUCACAGCUAGGACAAGAUGUGACUUGUAAUACAGAUGCAGGUCUCAUAUGUAUCAACAAACAACAAGGGCUUGAGCAAGAGUGUUUUGAUUAUGAGAUUCAAUUGAAAUGCUGUGGGUGUCCAACAUCUCCUCCUCAUUCUACUACAGUUCCAGCUACAACAUCUUCUACUAGCAAAACACCUACACCUUCUACCACAACUGAAACAACUACAACUCGCCCACCUACAACUACAGCUUGCCCUGGGGGUCAUGAUAUGACAUGUGGUUGGUCAGGAUGGAUCAAUCUGGGAAAGCCCACACCAGGACCUGAUGGUGGAGAAGAUGAAUCCAUCCAGAAGAUAAUCUCUGCUGGUCAUCUUGUUUGCCCAGCCCCAGUAGAAGUCCGUUGCAGAGCGGUUCUUUACCCAGGUCUUUCCUUGUCACAGCUAGGACAAGAUGUGACUUGCAAUACAGAUGCAGGUCUCAUAUGUAUCAACAAACAACAAGGGCUUGAGCAAGAGUGUUUUGAUUAUGAGAUUCAAUUGAAAUGCUGUGGGUGUCCAACAUCUCCUCCUCAUUCUACUACAGUUCCAGCUACAACUUCUUCUACUAGCAAACCACCUACACCUUCUACCACAACUAAAACAACUACAUCUCACCCAUCUACAACUACUACUACCAUUUCUACCACAACUGAAACAUCUACUACUCACCCAUCUACAACAACCACUACACCUUCUACCACACCUGAAACAACUACAACCCACCCAUCUACAACUAUUACUACCCCUUCUACCACAACUGAAACAACUACAACUCACCCAUCUACAACUACUACUACACCUUCUACCACAACUGAAAUAACUACAACUCAGCCAUCUACAACUACUACUACAACCACUACCCCUUCUACCACACCUGAAACAACUAUGACUCACCCAUCUACAAUUACUACUACACCUUCUACCACAACUGAAACAACUACAACUCACCCAUCUACAACUACUACUACACCUUCUACCACAACUGAAACAACUACAACUCACCCAUCUACAACUACUUCUACCUUUUCGACCACAACUGAAACAACUACAACUCACCCACCUACAACUACAGCUUGCCCUGGGGGUCAUGAUAUGACAUGUGGUUGGUCAGGAUGGAUCAAUCUGGGAAAGCCCACACCAGGACCUGAUGGUGGAGAAGAUGAAUCCAUCCAGAAGAUAAUCUCUGCUGGUCAUCUUGUUUGCCCAGCCCCAGUAGAAGUCCGUUGUAGAGCUGUUCUUUACCCAGGUCUUUCCUUGUCACAGCUAGGACAAGAUGUGACUUGUAAUACAGAUGCGGGUCUCAUAUGUAUCAACAAACAACAAGGGCUUGAGCAAGAGUGUUUUGAUUAUGAGAUUCAAUUGAAAUGCUGUGGGUGUCCAACAUCUCCUCCUCAUUCUACUACAGUUCCCGCUACAACGUCUUCUACUAGCAAGACACCUACACCUUCUACCACAACUGAAACAACUACAACUCACCCACCUACACCUACAAUCACACCUUCUACCACAACUGAAGCAACUACAACUCACCUACCUACAACUACAGCUUGCCCUGGGGGUCAUGAUAUGACAUGUGGUUGGUCAGGAUGGAUCAAUCUGGGAAAGCCCACACCAGGACCUGAUGGUGGAGAAGAUGAAUCCAUCCAGAAGAUAAUCUCUGCUGGUCAUCUUGUUUGCCCAGCCCCAGUAGAAGUCCGUUGCAGAGCGGUUCUUUACCCAGGUCUUUCCUUGUCACAGCUAGGACAAGAUGUGACUUGCAAUACAGAUGCAGGUCUCAUAUGUAUCAACAAACAACAAGGGCUUGAGCAAGAGUGUUUUGAUUAUGAGAUUCAAUUGAAAUGCUGUGGGUGUCCAACUAAAACAACUACAUCUCACCCAUCUACAACUACUACUACCAUUUCUACCACAACUGAAACAUCUACUACUCACCCAUCUACAACAACCACUACACCUUCUACCACACCUGAAACAACUACAACCCACCCAUCUACAACUAUUACUACCCCUUCUACCACAACUGAAACAACUACAACUCACCCAUCUACAACUACUACUACACCUUCUACCACAACUGAAAUAACUACAACUCAGCCAUCUACAACUACUACUACAACCACUACCCCUUCUACCACACCUGAAACAACUAUGACUCACCCAUCUACAAUUACUACUACACCUUCUACCACAACUGAAACAACUACAACUCACCCAUCUACAACUACUACUACACCUUCUACCACAACUGAAACAACUACAACUCACCCAUCUACAACUACUUCUACCUUUUCGACCACAACUGAAACAACUACAACUCACCCACCUACAACUACAGCUUGCCCUGGGGGUCAUGAUAUGACAUGUGGUUGGUCAGGAUGGAUCAAUCUGGGAAAGCCCACACCAGGACCUGAUGGUGGAGAAGAUGAAUCCAUCCAGAAGAUAAUCUCUGCUGGUCAUCUUUUUUGCCCAGCCCCAGUAGAAGUCCGUUGUAGAGCUGUUCUUUACCCAGGUCUUUCCUUGUCACAGCUAGGACAAGAUGUGACUUGUAAUACAGAUGCAGGUCUCAUAUGUAUCAACAAACAACAAGGGCUUGAGCAAGAGUGUUUUGAUUAUGAGAUUCAAUUGAAAUGCUGUGGGUGUCCAACAUCUCCUCCUCAUUCUACUACAGUUCCAGCUACAACAUCUUCUACUAGCAAAACGCCUACACCUUCUACCACAACUGAAACAACUACAACUCGCCCACCUACAACUACAGCUUGCCCUGGGGGUCAUGAUAUGACAUGUGGUUGGUCAGGAUGGAUCAAUCUGGGAAAGCCCACACCAGGACCUGAUGGUGGAGAAGAUGAAUCCAUCCAGAAGAUAAUCUCUGCUGGUCAUCUUGUUUGCCCAGCCCCAGUAGAAGUCCGUUGCAGAGCGGUUCUUUACCCAGGUCUUUCCUUGUCACAGCUAGGACAAGAUGUGACUUGCAAUACAGAUGCAGGUCUCAUAUGUAUCAACAAACAACAAGGGCUUGAGCAAGAGUGUUUUGAUUAUGAGAUUCAAUUGAAAUGCUGUGGGUGUCCAACAUCUCCUCCUCAUUCUACUACAGUUCCAGCUACAACUUCUUCUACUAGCAAACCACCUACACCUUCUACCACAACUAAAACAACUACAUCUCACCCAUCUACAACUACUACUACCAUUUCUACCACAACUGAAACAUCUACUACUCACCCAUCUACAACAACCACUACACCUUCUACCACACCUGAAACAACUACAACCCACCCAUCUACAACUAUUACUACCCCUUCUACCACAACUGAAACAACUACAACUCACCCAUCUACAACUACUACUACACCUUCUACCACAACUGAAAUAACUACAACUCAGCCAUCUACAACUACUACUACAACCACUACCCCUUCUACCACACCUGAAACAACUAUGACUCACCCACCUACAAUUACUACUACACCUUCUACCACAACUGAAACAACUACAACUCACCCAUCUACAACUACUACUACACCUUCUACCACAACUGAAACAACUACAACUCACCCAUCUACAACUACUUCUACCUUUUCGACCACAACUGAAACAACUACAACUCACCCACCUACAACUACAGCUUGCCCUGGGGGUCAUGAUAUGACAUGUGGUUGGUCAGGAUGGAUCAAUCUGGGAAAGCCCACACCAGGACCUGAUGGUGGAGAAGAUGAAUCCAUCCAGAAGAUAAUCUCUGCUGGUCAUCUUGUUUGCCCAGCCCCAGUAGAAGUCCGUUGCAGAGCUGUUCUUUACCCAGGUCUUUCCUUGUCACAGCUAGGACAAGAUGUGACUUGUAAUACAGAUGCGGGUCUCAUAUGUAUCAACAAACAACAAGGGCUUGAGCAAGAGUGUUUUGAUUAUGAGAUUCAAUUGAAAUGCUGUGGGUGUCCAACAUCUCCUCCUCAUUCUACUACAGUUCCCGCUACAACGUCUUCUACUAGCAAGACACCUACACCUUCUACCACAACUGAAACAACUACAACUCACCCACCUACACCUACAACUACACCUUCUACCACAACUGAAGCAACUACAACUCAUCCACCUACAACUACAGCUUGCCCUGGGGGUCAUGAUAUGACAUGUGGUUGGUCAGGAUGGAUCAAUCUGGGAAAGCCCACACCAGGACCUGAUGGUGGAGAAGAUGAAUCCAUCCAGAAGAUAAUCUCUGCUGGUCAUCUUGUUUGCCCAGCCCCAGUAGAAGUCCGUUGCAGAGCUGUUCUUUACCCAGGUCUUUCCUUGUCACAGCUAGGACAAGAUGUGACUUGUAAUACAGAUGCGGGUCUCAUAUGUAUCAACAAACAACAAGGGCUUGAGCAAGAGUGUUUUGAUUAUGAGAUUCAAUUGAAAUGCUGUGGGUGUCCAACAUCUCCUCCUCAUUCUACUACAGUUCCCGCUACAACGUCUUCUACUAGCAAGACACCUACACCUUCUACCACAACUGAAACAACUACAACUCACCCACCUACACCUACAAUCACACCUUCUACCACAACUGAAGCAACUACAACUCACCUACCUACAACUACAGCUUGCCCUGGGGGUCAUGAUAUGACAUGUGGUUGGUCAGGAUGGAUCAAUCUGGGAAAGCCCACACCAGGACCUGAUGGUGGAGAAGAUGAAUCCAUCCAGAAGAUAAUCUCUGCUGGUCAUCUUUUUGCCCAGCCCCAGUAG